ACUCAAAAUGUUUCCCAAAGUUCCACUUGCAAUUCUCCUGCUCACGGUCGUGAUUGUUUGCGAUUCAGCUGCAAUCGACGACAUUCCGGGUGGAUCCAACAUCAACGGAAACCAAUCCUCCAUUCCGGAAGAUGCCGCCCCAAAAAGUCGCCUAGGUUCAUCCAAGUACGUGGUUCUAAGCUAUGUGUCGGUAGACUUCAGUGGAUCGCUGCAAACGUGUAGAAGCUACGGACUGCAGCCGGCCACGAUCACCUCCCAAAAAGACAACAUCGACGUCCAGGAUGCACUGGCGAUGUCAAGUACCUACGGAAGUUCAUACUGGAUCGGGGCCACGAAUCUUGGCAGACCAAACAACUACCUGUGGAUUACAUCGAACAGGCCCAUUUGGUAUCCCAACGGGUAUCUUAACUGGGCAGUUGGACAGCCGAAUAACGCAUUUGUAACCACCAACCCAUUUGGAACCACCAACUGUGUAGCGGUUCAGAACCUUAUCGGAGCACCAUGGAUUGCCACAAACUGUGCAUUUAGAAUGGGAGUAAUUUGCCAGGAUGUCUAGCUUGCUGCUUGAUGAUGAAUAAAGGCUGCAGUUCAGAUUUGUUAAAACUUGUAA